CGGAAACCGGAGUUAACGCUCCUCCUCCUGCUCUCCGCCGCAGCGGGGGCUGGGGUGUGUUCACGGACCCUCCCACCGACCGCGUUCAGUGGAGCUCCUGCAGGCUGGGACACAUCCUGCUUCUAACCCUACAAGCGCUGCUGCCACACGUUGAGAGGAUGUUCUUUGCCAAAAAAUUCAUCAGCGGCAUCAUCGAUGUUGUCAGCAACAUCGACCCCCAGCAGUUUGUGCCCUCUGAGCCUCCUCCACCACGCAGGCCGGUUGCAUAUGCAGAGCAGCAUGAAAGCGAGGAGGAGAAACAGUUCCGUCGAGUCUUCCAGCAGCUAGCUGGAGAUGACAUGGAAGUCAGCCCCUCUGAACUGAUGAACAUCCUGAACAGAAUCAUUGCAAAACGCGGAGAUCUGAAGACAGAUGGUUUCUCCAUUGAGUCUUGCAGGAGCAUGGUGGCAGUCAUGGACAGUGACAGCACUGGAAAACUCGGCUUCCAUGAAUUCAAACAUCUCUGGAACAACAUAAAAAGAUGGCAGGGCGUGUACAAGACUUACGACGCAGAUGGGUCCGGUGUUAUUGGUGCUGAUGAACUGCCUAAUGCUUUCAGAGCUGCUGGGUUCCCUCUAAAUGAUCAGCUCUUCCAGAUGAUCAUUCGCAGGUACAGCGACGAAAACGGAAACAUGGACUUUGACAACUACAUUGGCUGCCUUGUGCGACUUGAUGCCAUGUGCCGUGCCUUUAAAACCCUGGAUAAGGAUAACAAUGGAACAAUCAAAGUCAAUGUUCAAGAGUGGCUUCAGCUAACCAUGUACUCUUGAGUACCUGUGAUGCCUUUCCUGCUUGUUUUAUUAAACCACUUUGUUUGACUACAUAGAACAAAAUAUUUUAUCCAUACAGUUUUCUUUGUUUCAUUUGUGUGUGCCAUUUUAUAAUCGAUAAUCAGUGCAAUGGAAGUGUUGAUGGGAGGCUCUGCAAGUCAGAAUUUAAAUUAAAGAUCCCAAACUUGCAUGUGCAAUGCUGCUCAAAACUAAAAAGUCAGAAAUAAAUGCUUCUUAAAAGGUCAGAAGAAUGAAGCCCACAUGAAUGAGGUGUGUAAAUAUCAUUGUGUGUUGAACAGGUGUGAUUUGGUUAGCUAGUUUGGCAUUUACCCUGAAGUCAAAAAUAGCACGAGGACACAGAGCAACCUGUUUGCCCAUCAUCUGAGCAUUUGUGAAAAACCUGAAGAAAGCAGCUUUGCUUCAGGCUCUGGGGCUGGUUCCACAAAGGCGUGUCCUGUUAGAGAAAAAUUCCCAUGUCACCCUAAAAGUGAAGCUUGAGGGAAUAUUCAGAGCUUCUGACAACUCGGUCUCACCUUUAAGACGUCACUGCCAAAAUAUCUUCCAUAAGGCAAAUACUAUCUGUCAGAGUUAACAGAAGUCAGGUGUGAAAUGACAGCAUGGUUGGUUGCGUUGUGGAGGGUUAGGGUUGGCACACCUACACCUGUUUCCCAUGUUUAGAUGUCAUGAAUGGCGUGGGUGUGUCCAGAGCACCAUUUCUUGUUGCUAGACCUGUUGUGGCGGCACAGCCUAUUUUCUGAACGUUAUUUACCAGCAGAUUCCUAGAAAACUUUGGCCCAGCCUCAGCUUUCAAACCUCUAGAGCAGAAUUUCUCCGUCUGGUUUGCAGUAUUUUUAGACUUCAGUUUCAUUUGGAGACUUUGUGAACCCGUCGAUAAAACGUGAUCUGGCCAAGCAAUUUUGAUUAAAGCUAAAAGGAAAAUGAGGAUAAAUGUAUUACGUAAGGCACAGUCUGAACACAGUAGAGCACAUUUUAAUAUAUGAUGACAUUUAGCAUUAAAGCUGUACUUAUUAGCUGUCACAAAAAGGCGAAACGGCAUAAAAAUGCUAAAAUUUCUCUAAAGUGACAUACUAUCAUAUAUUUUGAUGUAGAUACGCAGCAUAUGUUUACCAUACUGAAUGCAAGAGUAUGUUAACUUCCCAAGUUUAGAACGUUUAUUGUUAUACAGUUUAAUGUUCAGUACUCGUGAUGAUGACUUGUCUCUGUAUUUACUGCAGGUAAAUUUUCUGAACAAGACCAUGUCGGCACGUGUAAAUGAAUCAUAUAUAUGGAUGCCAAUAACGCACGUACUUAACUGUUAACACAUUACUGAACAUGCUGAUGUCAAAUAAAUUCUUGUGCCAUGUUUGAAAUAAAAGUGAUGUAUUGAAAA